UUGAGAAAUUUUUCAGAGCAUAAAACUGGCGGUAAAAUAAAGAAAAAGGGAGAGAGGAGGAAUACUACAGGAAAAGGGUUUACUUUUCGUUCUGCUGUCAAAGCUGGACGUGCAAUUAGAAGGGCUGCAGAUAAAGAUGAGAAAAAGAAGCAUAUACCACUUGUGGAUCGAACCCCUUUGGAGCCUCCGCCGAUUAUAGUAGCUAUCGUGGGACCAACAAAGGUUGGAAAGAGCACCUUAAUGCGAUCUUUGAUAAAGCAUUAUGUACGUCAACCCCUAGCAGAUAUCCAAGGCCCUGUAACAGUUGUCACUGGGAAAUCAAGGCGUGUUACUUUUGUGGAAAUCAAUAACGACAUAAAUUCUAUGAUUGAUAUUGUUCUUUUAAUGGUUGAUGCUUCGUUUGGUUUUGAGAUGGAAACUUUUGAAUUCUUACAUAUAUGCCAGAUUCAUGGGAUGCCUAGAAUAAUGGGUGUCCUGAGUCACCUUGAUGUAAUCAAGAAAAAGGAGAGAGUGAAGCAAGCAAAGAAGUUACUGAAACAUAGGUUUUGGACUGAAGUGUACCAGGGAGCAAAGCUGUUUUAUUUGUCUGGUGUGAAUAACGAAAGGUAUCCAAGAAAUGAAAUUCAUAAUUUAGCAAGGUUUAUCUCGGUUAUGAAGUUUCGACCAUUGAUUUGGCGCACUACUCAUCCUUACGUGUAUUGUGACAGAUUCGAAGAUUUGACAGAUGCGGAGGUGAUAAGAACGGAUCCCUUGACAGAUCGGUGUAUUUCUUUGUAUGGAUGGGUUCGUGGAAUACCACUUUUAAACCAUUCUAUGGUUCACAUUCCUGGAGUUGGGGAUUUGAGGAUAAAAGAGGUUACCUCACUUCCUGACCCAUGCUCCCUCCCGUCUAAGGAAAAACUCAAGAGAAGUUUGAACGAGAAAGAGCGUCUUGUGUAUGCUCCUUUUUCAGGUUUAGGAGGGAUUGUGUAUGACAAGGAUGCCAUCUAUGUGGAAACUGGAGGAUCACAUCUUUUUAAAAGUGCACGGCACGAGCUCGUCUCAGCUCUUGACUCAGUUAGAGAAGGCAUAGAUGACAAAAUGAAAAAAACUGGUGUUAAGCUGACACUUGAAGGCUCUGAAAAUCUGACGGUUGAAGAGGAAGAUUACUCUGAAACGAGGCCUGAUGAAAGUUUGGAAGAGUCGGGGGGUGAUGAGGAAGAAAAAGGUGUUAGUUCCGAUGAAAAUUGGUUUGAAGAGCGAAAGCCAGAAGACAAAGCAAGUCUUUGGUCUCAUCUGGCUGAUAAAGCUUCUACUAUGUAUGUACCGCAUGGACGAAAACGGAUCAGUUGGCAGAAGAUAGUUUACUCGAAUCAAGGUGAACAUCUGUUUACAAAUUUUAUUAAUUAUGGUUGGGUUUAUAAUUCUUAUGGCUUGACUUUGAAAAAAGGGUUUUCCAUUAACUGUUUGGAACACACUGUUUUCAAAGAAAUUAAAAACAAGAAACGGUAUGAAGCGAAGGUUAAAUUGAAGAGGGAUUUUAACGCUGAAUAUGACGAAACAAAUGCACAUUAUCUGAAGUUGAAGGAAGAGUUGGAGUCUCAGUCUAAUUUGAACAGAACUGAAUUUGAAAACCUUGAUACUGAGCAGCGACAGCGUCUGGAAGGUUUCCGUCCCGGCACUUACGUUCGAAUAGAAUUAGAAAAUAUUCCUGUUGAGUUUGUUGAUCACUUUGAUCCCUCUAAACCAUACAUUAUUGGCGGUCUUCUGUCAGGCGAGCAAAACAUGGGUGUAGUUCAAGUGAAAAGAGUUUCAAAAAAUUUGUCUGCGCGACUAAAAAGACAUCGUUGGUACGAGCGAAUUUUAAAAUCGCGUGACCCACUGAUUAUUUCCUGCGGUUGGAGGCGCUUUCAAUCUUUGGUAAUCUAUUCUGUACAGGAAAGUAACCUGAGGCAACGGUUUUUAAAAUACACUCCUGAACACAUGCAUUGUUUUGCUACGUUUUGUGGUCCUAUCAUUUCUCAGAAUACAGGCAUUCUCGCUGUACAGACACUUACGGAUGACAAGGGGUUUCGUAUUGCUGCAACUGGAGUUGUUUUAAAUCUUGACAAGUCUGUCCAUAUAGUAAAGAAGUUGAAGCUUGUUGGGUACCCGUAUGAGGUUUUCAAGAAGUCUGCUUUUAUCAAGGGAAUGUUUGGAACAGCUCUGGAGGUUGCAAAAUUUGAAGGCGCCACAAUUCGUACUGUCAGCGGUAUUCGCGGUCAAAUUAAGAAAGCCCAACAUGAGCCACCUGGUGCAUUCAGAGCCACUUUUGAAGACAAAAUUUUGUUGAGAGAUAUAGUGUUUUUAAGAUCUUGGAUAACUGUUCCUAUUCCACGCUUCUUUGCUCCAGUGACUGAUAAGUUAAUGGGAAAAGAUGAAGACUGGCAAGGAGUGCGAACAGUUGGGAGGUUGAGGUUCGAAAGGAACUUAAAACCACCUGUUGAAAAGGAUUCUCUUUACCAUCCUGUUGAAAGAAGGCCUUUUCAACCAGCUCCAUUGGUAAUUCCCGCCAAUCUUCAAAAAGAACUUCCAUAUCGUUUGAAGCCGAAAAAUGCUGCUGUGAUAAAAAACAAAGAAGGAGACAGCUUGCUGAGGAAAUAUACACCAGUCGUGUUAGAGCCACACGAAAGCAAGGCAUGUCUAACCUAUUUUUUUCAUUGGCUUAAUGUAAUGCUCAUUUUCUUUCUGUUUUUGUCUAAACGUGAACAGAUGAGGUUGCGGAAAGCCCUUGAUCUUUGA